CUCAUCAAAUAUUGAUUCAACACCUCCGCACCACCUUCGCACCACCUCCCACCACCUCCCACCACCUCACUCUAUCUAUUUGGUUCCUGCUGUUAAUAUUGGAAAUUUGUUCACAAGAUCUAUCAGCAGAAUCACAUUUCCCAACCCAAACCGAUCCAUCGCCUUGUGCCGCCAUUCAAAGACUGCCUCUACCCACGCGUCGGUGCCAAUAUCACAGCCACCUCAAACAGUUCAAUUGGGGAGCAUAAGUUACCAGCGAAAUAUCAGCGACUGAGAUCGGUACACAUACGAACGAAUUUCUUUCAUUGCGAGUUUCCAUCUGCAGGGGAGCUCUUUUGCGCGAGCGACCGGAGGCAGUAUUUCCAGAGCUACGAAGUCGAAGCGUAUGCUAAGGGUGGAUUUCGAGGCGCUUCAAUUGCGAAAUACAUAUCAAUUCAUCUCGAAUCAGCAAAGAAAAAAUACUCCCAGUCCCUCGUUACGCCAAAUCUGGAUUCCACCACUUUCCAUUCUUCCAGGAACUGAUCCCACCUAAACCCAGAACACGCCCAGGGCAUUCUUGCAUUGUCCGCGAGUACGAGUCAACCCCCGCGACGAUACCCCAGAUCUUUCCGGAAUCCUUGUCUGAGAUGCAGCGUGUGUGUUGUGGCGUAUCUUGAAGGCUGUUGUAUGGAGUAUACCAAGCUUGUGAAUCAUACCACGUAAGAAGGCGGGGUUGUAAUAUUGGAUCUUUUUGGCCGUUAGUGAACUGCUGCCAAAAAUUACGCUGCAGGUACAACAGAAGUCAGAAUGCCGACGACAAACGUUAAAUCAGGCUCGAGCCAGGAGUUGCAGUGUAUUGCUGAUGCUUUGGCGAGGUCUAAAAAGGUUAUCGUGGUGACGGGUGCCGGUAUUAGUACGAAUUGUGGUAUACCAGUGAGUUUCCCGCCCCAGAUUAAUUUGGGACGGUGUUGAUCAAGAAUCUAGGAUUUCCGGUCUGAAAAUGGUUUGUACUCCUUGAUUCAAGCUCAGUAUGACAAAUCUUUAGAGAACCCACCUUGGGAACAAACAAAUACCUUUGAUAUUGAUGAUCGACCAAAGAAAAGAAAGCGACCGUCAUACUUUUACGAGGUCGUGGCCCCGGAUGGCAAUGUUGUCGGGGUGAUUGAUGAUGAGGAAGACCCGUCGUCUCAGCCACCGUCAAGAGACGAUGAGAAACCACAAACAUCAAAUAUACUGCCUUCAAGCAGUCCUCUAAGCUCCCGUUCGACAACCCCGUCGCUUAGUUUUUCGUAUUUUGACAUUCCGCAUUAUCAAAAUCGGGAGUCGGAUACAUCAGUCGGCAGCUCGACGAGAGAGAACAAUUCUCCUUCUCUGCGCUCACUACGAUCAAGUCGGCAACGGGUGACCAAAGAUUGUAGUCCACAACCCAACGCUCUCGAACUUCCCAGCCCAGCAUGCGAGCCUGAGCAGCCACAAAAGUUUACAAGAAAAAGCAACGGUCGGUUUACUAGGAAGUCCUCGAGUUUGGCAGACCCUCCAACCGCCGCGACGAGUAGAACUUCAUCUCCUACCAGAUCUCUAAGAAGUGCGGCUGUCAGAACGUUUACCCCUGAACCUACGACAGCACGCCUCAACAGUGUUCCUAUUGACGAUCUUCGCGAAGUGCUACCCAACAAACGUCUACAAAUCCUACAAAGAGAGGCUUCAAGUUUUAUGAGCUCGCCAUCGGAUGAGGAGCCGUCGACUCAAUCAUCACAAACCUCUUCGCGAACCCUUCCUAAUAUGAAAGGACGUGAUCUUUUUGAUUCCAUGGUUUGGCAGGAUCCUUUCACGACUUCAAUUUUCUACAUGUUCAUAUCUUCGCUGCGCCAAAAGAUUCAAAAUGAUGUUAAAACGACAACAGAAACCCACGCCUUCAUCAGAACCCUCCGCGACGGAGGACGUUUGGUCAGGAACUACACACAAAAUAUCGACUGCUUGGAAGAACGCCUGGGGCUAUGUACGGAACUCACGCGUGGGCCGGGUCAUCGCGCAAGGUUUCACUCGAAAACGCAAAGAGAACCUCGACCAGAGAUCAUCGACGAGCAGUCCGCUCAUAACGGAGGAGUUGAGGUCGUCCUCCUCCACGGGAGCUUGGUUGACCUCCGGUGUGGACUUUGCGGGAAAUUAUCGCCCUGGAGCGAAGCAGAUCGAGAAUCUGCAACUUUGUCUGGGCAAGCCCCCGACUGUCCCUACUGCACGGAAUACAAUGCCCACCGUACCGGAAGAGGUAGAAGAGAGUUGGCCGUUGGUCGAUUGAGACCGGAUAUUGUUUUAUAUGGUGAAGAGCAUCCCCACGCAAAUCUUGUUGGGCCUCUUAUCACACACGAUAUUGGAAUUGGACCCGACGUCCUACUGAUUAUGGGUACCAGUCUAAAAGUCCAUGGGCUUAAGAUCAUGGUCAAGGAGUUUGCCAAGGCUGUACAUAGUAGAGGAGGAACGGUGGUGUUUGUUAAUAGAACCAAGCCACCUGAAAGCACAUGGGGUGAUGUCAUUGACUAUUGGGUUGAAUGGGAUUGUGAUGCUUGGGUAUCAGAUCUCAAACAGAGGAGAGAAGACAUAUGGUUACCUCAGGGCACAAUCGAAGAGCCGAAGAAGAGACAAUCCAUAGAGAAGAAGCGACAAUCCAUAGACCGACCAAAGCCAAGGGAAUCGAUCGGCGAAACGAAACCUGGAGUCAAAAAGUCGAGACCACAAUGUAUGAGAGACGACAAGAUGAAUGGUGCAUAUGUCACUUUCAAGAUACUGGAUACGCUGAAAAUGUUCCCUGAUGAUGCCGGAAAUAUUGCAAGUCGACCUGCACACCCUGAUAAAUUCCAGUCGAGAACAUCUCUGGGUGCUAAUAGAGAAUCACGCCCUGAAAUCUCCUUGCCGACCCUUACAAUUCCUGCAGGUGUAGCCAAACAGAAACCUCCUGCGCCGAAAAGGAAAACGAAGUCCAUGUCAGCUGCAGAUUCUCUUCCAAAAGCUGUUCCACAAAAUAAGAAGAAACGACAAUCAAUGCCUAGCAAACCAACGAAAUCCACUGGCACGACUUCGAAGGAUAAACAGGUUGAUGGCCCUCAAAUUAUGGGACAGGAUGAAUCCGUAGAUGAACAACGAGCAAAAGAUGCAUCUCAUGUCGCCAACGUUCUCGAAAAAUGGAACGAGCUGCUUCGUAUCGUCCCAACCCUACCCAAACACAUAUCCCCACAAGACAGACUAGAUACCCUAAAACACAACCUCGGUACCAACGCAAACCGAUUUCCCGCCUACUCAUACUCCAACCACUUCCCCAACCUCAGAGCCAAGAACUCCGAUUUCCUCGAACGAAUCAACCUCCUAAGCCACCCACCACGCGGCGAUUCUCUCCCACCAAUUCAAAACGAGCCACCACGGAGUCCCGACCCCAAAACCAACGACAAUGCAUACAACCGACGCACCUCGAGACGUCUCAUGAAUCAAAGUCCUGAGCAAUUGACUGCUAAACUUGCAACUGCUUGGGGUGGGGGUGUACGAUCUGGGAGGGUUCUACCAUCCUUGGAGGGACCGCAGGAUCUGGAGGAUCUUUCCUUGUUACCUACGCCUCCUGCGAGUGGAGCGAGUAGCGAUCCGAUUACACCUACGGCGAGUGAAUCACAGCCACAGCGGAUCAAGCGUAUGGGUAGUAUCGGUCGGAUUUUGAGUAGUCCUGUGGAUGAGAGCGAAUGGCAUGAUGCUAGUGAGGUUAUCUCGGGAUAGGAAUUCUUUUGCGGGGUGUCUUUUGUGGUUGUGGGGUAUCCUGGAUGGUUUGGUGUGCCUUGGUUGGCGAUUGAUGGAGGGAGGGUUGGUCGUCUCUGGAGUUGGACGGGGUUAUGGUGUGGUGUGGUGUGGAUUCUGGGAUUAUGUAGAGUACUAGUGCUAGUAUAAAAUGGGAAUUGGAAUUUGGGAUGGCGGUGGGAUGGAAAUGGGUAAUUAUAAGAUCAUACUAUACUGUACAUACAGUACAGAGCGGUGUAUGUACAUGAAGCGUUUUCUCUCUCUAUCCCCCGUUGGUAUCUUACAGGUGGUAAGUACAGUCAGUACCGUACAGUACUGGGCAAGGGGUAUCAGGGAUAUAGUACAGUACAGUAACAUAUAUGAAUGGGGCAUAUAGAGAAGAGAGAAAAU